CGGCCGAAAAUAAAAUCGGGGCCGAUUUUCGGGUUGUUAGUGGGCUAAAUGUUCGGCCGUUUUUCGUUGGAAAAAAAUCGGCCCGAGGAUGGAGAAGAGGAUGAUGAAGAAGAAAAGGAUGAAGAAGAGGAUGAAGAAGAAGAAGAGGAUGAAGAAGAAGAAGAGGAUGAAGAAGAAGAGGAUGAAGAAGAAGAAGAAGAGGAUGAAGAAGAAGAGGAUGAAGAAGAAGAAGAAGAGGAUGAUGAAGAGGAAGAAGAAGAAGAAGAAGAGGAUGAUGAAGAAGAAGAAGAGGAUGAAGAAGAUGAAGAAGAAGAAGCAGAAGAAGAGGAGGAUGAAGAAGAAGAUGAAGAAGAGGAUGAUGAAGAAGAGGAUGAUGAAGAAGAGGAUGAAGAAGAAGAGGAUGAAGAAGAGGAUGAAGAAGAAGAGGAUGAAGAAGAAGAGGAUGAAGAAGAAGAGGAUGAAGAAGAAGAUGAAGAAGAAGAAGAGGAUGAAGAAGAAGAGGAUGAUGAAGAAGAAGAGGAUGAAGAAGAAGAAGAGGAUGAAGAAUAAGAGGAAGAUGAAGAAGAGGAUGAAGAAGAUGAAGAAGAGGAUGAAGAAGAAGAAGAGGAAGAAGAAGAAGAGGAUG